CUGCUCAGUAACUGGAUGAAGUCUAAACUGCAACUGGAGCUGAUGAGUGAUGGAGAAGAGGAAGUUGACUCUGUCCUCCUGGAAAAGCCUUCUGCAGCCCCUCUGAAGUAUGAGCGGUUUGAUGACCUGUGCAGCUAUCUGGAACAUGAAUUGGAAAGUUCUUCUGUGCAAGAAUACCUACAGCAUCUUUUGCAGAGUGAUGUUGUGAACUGUGGGAUAGUGGAAGACCUUAGACUUGAAGACAUCAAGGAAAAACAAAAACUUGCAGAUCCACGAAUAAUCAUGGAGCUCAGGCACAAGCAGGUGAAAGAAAACCGAAUGAGGCGUCAGAAGGCAUUAGAGCUUCAGAGACAAGAGAAGUCCCUGAAGGAGUCAGUUCUGUCUGAGGCCAAGCUCCAAGCACAGGAGGAGGACAGAUGGAAGGCCCUGAAGGCCGAGGAGGAGGAGAUCCAGAGGGAAAUGGUGAAGCUGCGAAAGGAAAUGGCUGAGAAGAGGCACACCAUGGCCGAAGCAUGGAGAACGGAGGGGAAGAGACAAGAAAAAAGUCAGAAGCUGUCAAUGCAGGAGGUAUCUAUUACUGCGUCACCACCCCUGGUUCUGAAGAAAGAAGAGCAAGGAGAGGAGAAACAGAGACAGGCUCAGGAGCUGCUGCACAGGAUUCACACCAAUAAGCAGAGAUGCAUGCAACGACAUUUCUCUGCUUGGCUGAAAGUCAUUCUGGAGCACAGAAUUAAAAUGGGAAAAGCCAGAGCCCUUGCUGACUGGAAAUGCCAAAUGAAGGCCCUGCGAGCCUGGAGAAACUAUACUUGGGCCCAGAAAGUAGAGCAGGAGACACAGCAAUUGGAAGUUCAUCUCCGAGAUCAAAACAGGAAAAAAACUCUGUCUGCGGAGCAUAACCAGCGACGGCUUUUGCGCUGCUGCUUUCUGGCGUGGCAGCACUGGAGCCAAGCAGAGACAGAAAAGCGAGAGCUGCAGAUCAAAAGGGAGGAGAAGAGGAGAAAGAUGGCACAGCUGCUGGAGGCAGUGUCGCUGGGGAAGGGUGGUCUGGAUAGGCCACUGGAAGUUAACAAGCCUGGGACAGCAGAAGUAAGCCAUCAUCAAGAUUUGCAGCAAGACAAGCCAACUGAAACUUGCCUCAUACAGAAAGAACCUGACCAGACCAGAGACCACUCUUGUUGGGAUGCUGCUCACACAUCUCAUUCCUACAGAAAACCCAAAUUUGCCUGGGAGAUUACCCUAAAACAUGCAACCCCGAGUGCCCAGGGCCAGGCUGUGUACAGGAAUCAAAUAGCCACUCUCCCCCAGCAGUUUCAGGCACCUGGUCCAAAGACAGCUCCUGCUUAUGGUAGCCGUUUUGAGCACCGUCAUGCCUUCCAGCAACGUCUGAUUGAGGAACAGAGGCAGCAGCUUCAGAAACAGCAAGAGCUGAUCCUUGAACUGCAGGAAAAUCAGAGGCUGAGCAGAGGUAAAGAAGAGGCAGCACAAGCCAUGGCUCUAACCCAGCCGCUUAACAACUCUGCUUCACAAACCAGGGAGGAAAAACCGAAGAGGGAAAAACAAUCCAGAUGCAAGAAUGCAACCCAUUUGAGUCCGCCUGUUUCUCAUGGGCCAGAAAACACAAGGGCAGUGAUGCAAGGCAGGAGGCCCCCCAGCCAGCUGACCUCAGCUCAUCCCAUACUGAAAGCUAUGGAGGAGAGAGCAACUCAGCGGGCAGAACGGAGGAGGAAACUAGAAGAAGCCAAACAACGAAGAGAAGAGGAAAAAUUGGCCCAGCUGAAGGCUGAAGAGGAAGCACGACAGAGGAAGGAGGCUGAGGAAAAGGAAGCUCAGCAGGAAAAACGACGGGAGGAGAGAAGGCAGCAGAAGCUGAAAGAGCUGGAGAAGCAAAGGAGGCUGGAGAAAGAGCAGCAGCUCCAGAAAAAGGCCAGAGAUCACUAUGAGAAGGUCCUGCUGAGAAAGCUGGGAAUGGUGCCAUGGAAAAGGUUGAAGGAGCAAGCCAAGGAAAACCUGGUGGUGGCACAAAGGCACCACUGCUUGGGCCUGCAAAGGAAAUGCCUGAUGACUUGGCUCCAGCAGACCCAGGGGAGCCUCACAGAGAAGGUGUCUCGGGCUGAGGACUUCUAUUCCUAUAUGUUGCUGAGACGGGGCUUCAGGAACUGGCUCAAGUACAAGGAUUAUCUCUCCAGUCUGGAGGAGACAGCGAGUACCCUCCAUGCAGCCUGCCUCCUGAGGAAGUACUUCUGGGCAUGGUUUGAUCUGAUCAUGGAGGAAAAGAGUACCUUAUGGGAGAAGCUGAAGAUUGCUACUGAACACAGUAACAAGAGACUCACGCUGAAUGCAUUGAAGGCAUGGAGGCAGUACCCGGUACUGAUGAAAAAGGAAAGAGAGAGGGAGGAAAGGAGAAACCAGCUACGCAGGAGAGUAGCUGAAAUUCUCCCUGACUUCCAAACAUGAUAGAAGAGAGUCAAAGGAGACUGGAAAAAGGGACAAAAAGACUGAUUCUGUUCCAUGCUAUCUUCCUACCGACUGAAACAAAUCCAAGGGGAAGUCCUGUCCAGU